AUGGCGGCUCGUAUUCAGGCGAAAGUUCUGUUUGGGCAUGUGCAGUUACCUAAGACUGAUAGACUCUGGGCGGAGGCCAUGCACUGGGCCUGCGAGGCACUCAAUCACACGGCUUGUUCUGCUAACCCCGACUCCAAAUCGCCGUAUGAAAUGUGGUAUGGGGAAGCUCGUCCUGCUAGACCGUAUCCGUUUUUGAAGCCAGCGUACUGUAAAUGGCAGCGACCGUCUAAGCUGCUACCGAAGGGUUUCGAGCAGUCUCUGUCUGAUCCCUGUGUCCUGCGUUUCAUGAUGGGAGACGAGGUGAUGGGUAUAAUCGCGAUUCAUGUGGAUGACAUUUUGUAUGCAGGAACGAAGAGGCUUGCCGAGGUGAUUGUAGAGGCACUAGGUGACUCUCUACCUACGAAGAUUUUGGGAAAAGUCAGAUUCUUUCUUGGUUGCGCAUUUAGUCGCGACCGCGAGGCUGGCACGAUUGAGAUUUCUCAAGAGAGUUACAUCAGGAGUGUUCUAGAGAGAUUCAAUAUUUGUCGCACCAGCUCGAUCCCCGCUUCCCCUGCCAACGAUAGCAGGUCCGUGAUGGAGGAUGAGGAGGCAGGAGAUGUGCCGUUCAGGGAAGUGGUGGGAUGCCUGAUGUGGAUCGCCAACAAUACGAGGCCAGAAACUUCGAACGCUGUGCGGACGGUGGCGAGACACUCUCACGAGCCCAAGAAGAGUGACUGGAAGGCAGCCCAGAAGAUUUUGAGUUGUCUUAAGGAAACGGCACAUCUAACUCUGAAGUACAAGCAGGACACUACGGUAGACGUAGGCACGUUAGUGUACGUAGACGCUGACUUUACCAGCAAGGCCACUGACCGCACGUUAGUGUACGUAGACGCUGACUUUGCCAGCAAGGCCACUGACCGUAGAUCAGUUUCUGGAGCAUUAGUUCUUGUAGCUGGCUGUCUUGUGUCUUGGUUUUCUUGGACGCAGAAAUGUGUCUCACUGUCAACUUCUGAAGCAGAGUAUAUUGCGAUGGGUGACGGUGUUAAGGAGGCUCUCUUUGUGAACGGGAUGCUUCAGUUCUUGAGACCUAGUGCGAAGCCUCGGAAAGUUGACCCCGGCCGCACCCGGAAGCAGACCCGGGAGUUGCGGAGCUCUGAAGAAGAGCCGAGCGAGGCGCCAGCCCCCGAGGAGGCGCUGCUAUCAACCGUCCUGGAGACCGAGAACGGUCCGGAGAUCGUUGCGGAAAAUAUCCGCGAAUCGCUGUUGGAGGAGCGCAUGCAAGACGAGCAAGCGCACCGGGAGCUGGAGCUGGUAUUCAGUGCAAACGAAAAGGACGAUGGGUCUCCGCAACCACUCCUUGACCCAGAGCUAAGUAUUCCCUCGCAGAUCGGGCAGAAGCCUAACGGUGUAGAGGGUGUCCCGCUCACAUACAAAGGUGCGAUGGAUUCCAAGUACAAGGUGUUGUGGGAAGCGGCGAUGAUGAAAGAGAAUGGUGGUCUAGGCAAGGCGGGGACUUUCACGAAAAUUGGAAAACUUCCCGAGGGGCGGAAGGCAGUGACUUCGAAGUGGGUGUUUUCGUACGAGACGAACGAGAAGGGCAUGAUCACCGCCUUCAAAGCCCGUAUGGUUGCGCGCGGUUUCUCACAGAUUCCGGGGGUAGAUUUCCACCACUCAGCUUCUGCAUGCCCGUCUACGACGUCCAUCAAAACCGUGGUUGUCGUCGCCACCGAGAAGAAUAUGAAGAUGUUCCACUGGGACAUGAAACAAACGUACAUUCACGCUACUAAGCUCAAAGAAGAGAUUUUUAUCAGGCUUCCCCAGGGUUGUGGUGACAUGUCUGGCAAGGUGGACAACAAGGAUAUGGCGGGCGCUUCUGAGGGUCAUGUCUUACCUCAACGCCACGAAGACCUGAGCUCCACCUUUGUGCGGGGGUCAGGGCUAGAUCUAGGAGUGUGGGUCGAUGCCAGCUACGCCGACGACGUUGUUGACAGGCAUUCGACGACGGGACUAGCCGUAACCGUAGGUGGUAACACGGUGAACGGAACCACAAAGACGAAGCGUGUGCCGGCGCAGUCAUCCUCGGAGGCAGAGUAUCUAGCAGCCGGGGAGGGAGUGAAGGAGGCGUUGCAUGUGCGUGCGGUUCUGUCUUUCGUAGCGCCUGAGACGAGUGGGGAGAAGAUCAAGGUCCUUGAAGACAACAAGGGAGCUCUUGCCCUGGUGCAGAACCCCUUCAGCUCGGCGAGGAGCAAGCACAUCGACGUGCGGUACCACUUUAUCCCCGAGCUCUUCAAGUCGGGGAAGAUCACCGCAGAGUAUGUCCCGACGGAAGAGCAGCACGCCGACAUGCUGAUCAAGGUCCUUGGUAGGACCAAACUGGAGUAG